AUGGCAGAGAGGCAUCGGCUGCUUGAAUCCGAAAAUGCUAAAGACAAGGAGAAGUUGAAGGUGGUCGAGCAGAAGGCCGAGGCUCGAGCCCGAAUUAGUGACGAGCUUAAAGGCAAGUUCGAGGAGGAAGCCGUGGCCAAUGACUUGCUUCAGGCCGAGCUUGAGUCGGCUCACCAAAUUCAAAGAACUCUUCUCGAAGAGAGAUCCAAACUAGCGGCUAAAUUGGCAAAAGCCGAGGCCGACUUAGAAGAGUCUCUUAAGGAUGUGGAGGCUGCCGAGGCUCGUACUACGAUUGAGGUCGAGUAUGAGCGGUGGAAAUCCCGGAGGGUUACCCUCGAACAGGCUCAACAAGGAUUAGGGGACCUCCCGGCUCAGAUACUCGAGGCCAAAGCAAUCGAGGAGGAGGCUAAGAAAGCCCUUGAUACUAAGUCUGAGGAUUCCGAUCGGACAGUUUUCGAGAACUCCGGCUCCAGUCGUACCGGGUAG